AUUUUAUAAGACAACUCAGAUUAGAGAAAAUGCUUUCAAUGCAAGUAUCCUUCUUAUUAUUUUUGGGCGUAUUUGCCACAAGCUUGUCGUUCAAAAUAAAUACUAACAUCACGGAUGGAUUUACCAAUGACUCAAAAUUUGACACGGCACCCUUUGUGAAGAUUGGAAAUGGAUUGUAUUAUAUAGAAAGCAAUUUAAAGACGAGCUGGUUCGAAGCUAACGAACGGUGUCAUAAACAUGACGCUGAGCUAGUAACCUUCGAAACAAUGGAAGAAUGGGUGUUGAUUAACAAGUACUUGUUGGAUAACGUCAUUGAAGGCAUUUACUGGACGUCGGGCAAUGACUUAGCAAAGGAAGGGAGGCAUGUAUGGUUAGCUAAUGGCGAAGAUGUAGGAUCAUGGUUAUGGACAAGAGAUCAACCUGAUAACGUGUUAGAUAACGAACAUUGUCAUGAACUAGGGUUUCGAAGGACGGAAAAUGACCGAAGAGCCCUUAAUGAUGCACAUUGCGCUGACAACGUCCUAUACAUUUGUGAAAAAAGACAGUUGAAGACAUUUUCAAUGGUAAUUUAUUAAUUUUGAUAUAAAAAAUAAAACAAUAUCUCAGAAGCAAAAAUUAAUGCUUAUAGAAAUUAAUAAAAU